CCCGUGAAAAGCUUAUGGUACGGAGGUUGUCACGUGUAAUUUUGAGCAAUGGAAUUGUCGAAGGAAAAUAAACUGUUAGUUGAAAGUAUCGGUAGAAUAUUAAUUGAUGUAAAGAGACCAAUGAAAGAAAGAUUUCGAGCAUUAUUUACUCUUCGAAAUAUCGGAGGAGAAUUGUCUAUAAAAUGCAUUGAAAAAUGUUUUGAAGAUUCAUCUGCUCUACUAAAACACGAAUGUGCUUACUGCUUGGGUCAAAUGCGAGAUGCAUUAGCUGUACCUAAGCUAGAAUCUAUUUUAAAUGAUGCAGAAGAAGAAGUAAUAGUUCGUCAUGAAGCCGCAGAAGCUCUUGCUGCUAUAGGGCUAAAAAGCAGCUGUUCUGUUCUUAGAAAGCAUUUAAAUGAUCCCAGUCGUGAAGUUUCAGAGACUUGUCAAAUAGCUCUAGAAAAACUGCAAGACAAAGAAAUUUACAAUGAUGAUCUCUCUCAAAAUCCUUAUAAGUCUAUCGAUCCCACUCCACCACUGCCUAAAAGUAUUUAUAAUUCGGUAAAUGAACUGGAAUCAAUCCUUUUAGAUGAAUCACAGACACUUUACAAACGGUACCAAGCAAUGUUUAGCCUUAGAAAUAUGGGAACCGAUGAUUCAGCCUUAGCUUUAGCCAAAGGACUUACGUGUGGAUCUCCACUAUUUCGUCAUGAAAUAGCAUAUGUUUUGGGUCAAAUGCAGAAUAAAUCAACUGUGAAACAGUUAGCUGAAGUUUUAUUUAAUGAAAAUGAACACGAGAUGGUUCGACAUGAAUGUGCCGAGGCUUUAGGUGCAAUUGCAACUGAAGAGUGUAUGGAAAUUUUAAAUCGUUACGUCAAAGAUGAAAAGAGAGUUGUACGUGAAAGUUGUGAGGUUGCAUUAGACAUGUGUGAUUAUGAAAACGGUAAAGAGUUUCAGUAUGCUGAUGCAUUAUUAAAAAUAAGUGCAUAAAUAGCUGGAUUGUGUUAAAAAAAUACCAAUUCUGUGGAGGAUGUUUUACAAAGAAAAAUGUACAAGAAACAGAUUCUUGUCAACAAAAAUUGAUCCCACUUAGAGAAUAAACAAUUUUUGGUUAAAGUGCAGAAUCGCCCACUUCUUUAGUUGGCUUUUUUUUUUUUUUUUUUUUUUUGCUUUUUACAAGAGUAAAAAGAAUUGGAUAUUUGUCAA